CAGAAUCAGGCAGAGACAUGUUGUCAUUUCCUCUAGCGUCUGUGGCUUUCCUUUUCAAUACCGCCCUCCGACGUCUGAUGAAUAUCACAGUUAUGAACAGAACCACUAUCAGAACCACCGGGAUGACGAUGCCCAAGAUAAUAGUAAAUAAUAUUUCAAGCGGCCACACAUAUAGUUACAACAAUGCUGUAUUAGAGAUCAAGAACUGUUACUAUCGUCGCACGGUGGUACCGUGGUGUGUGUCCACGAGGUGGCGUAGUGCAAGUAGAAAGUGGUUUCUUUCAUUUGAAUGCCGCCAGGUGGGGCACCAAGGCAGAUUGAGAGAACAAAGGAGGAGUGACGUGGGUAGAAUUCAAUUUGCCUCUAACAGACGAUGCGGAAAGCUGGUUGACAGCUGGUGCUGUAGACUAGUUUCUCCGGUCGGCAGGUUCGAAUCCCGCCGUUGCCCAUUUUUUCUCAGGUUGUUGUUUAUUAAACGAACUCGCGGUUGCGGAUGCGCUCAUCAAAUAGAAUACGAGCCCAUUACAGCUUUUUUAUCGAUUUCUCUUGUUUAUUUCAUUUUUAACUUGGAUUUUGAAGAUAUACGUCCUACCGGGUAUUAACUGGCUGAUAACACCUCUGUAUUCAUGCGGACC